GAGCUGCAGACAGGUUUGAGCCACGCUCGGCGUCUCCGACUCUCUCUAACGCUGUCCUCUGCCCCCAGUGCACUGUGGGACAUCGAGACGAGUCAGCAGACCACGGUUUUCUCGGGCCACAGCGGCGACGUCAUGAGUCUGUCCCUGUCGCCCGACCUGCGCACCUUCGUGUCCGGAGCCUGCGACGCCUCGGUCAAACUGUGGGACAUCAGGGACAGCAUGUGCCGGCAGACGUUCACGGGCCACGAGUCGGACAUCAACGCCAUCUGUUUCUUUCCCAACGGCAGCGCCUUCGCCACCGGCUCCGACGACGCCACCUGCAGGCUGUUCGACCUGCGUGCAGACCAGGAGCUCAGCCUCUAUUGCCAUGACAACAUCAUCUGCGGCAUCACCUCCGUGGCUUUCUCGCGCUCGGGCCGUUUGCUGCUGGCUGGUUACGACGACUUCAACUGCAACAUCUGGGACGCCAUGAAGGGAGACCGAGCAGGCGUCCUGGCCGGACAUGACAAUCGUGUGAGCUGUCUGGGUGUGACGGAUGACGGCAUGGCGGUGUCCACCGGGUCCUGGGAUAGUUUCCUUAAGAUCUGGAACUGAGCCAUGCUGCACACACACACACACACACACACACACACACACACACACACACACACACUGCUCCCACCACAGUCUGCACCCUGUAUUCACUGUAUGUAAGAUUCAACAACUACAACAUUGUACUGUACAUAAUAUAUAUGACUUAGGUAUGAGUUUACACACACACACACACACACACACACACACACACACACACGAGACCUGAACACAUGCUCACACUACCUACAGCUGAUUUAAGUGCGCGCACACACACACACACACACACACACACACACACACACACA